ACAUCAUUGAGUAUGAAGUGUGCUAUAUAAAUAAUACUGCUUCUACUGGAAUAACAGAAAGUUUUGCUUCUUUAUUUGCCAACUUUACCAAUCUCUUACAGAUCAUCAUCAAACAAGUGUCCAGUAUACUUGCCAUUGGUUUCUAUUGUGGUUAUGGAGAACUCAAAGCCUAAAGCGAGCAGCAAGGUUGCCACACGUGUCAUGGGGCCCGGCAGUGGCCAGACCAAGUUCAAACAGAGGUCAAUGCGACAGUUCAAGAGCAAACCCCCCAAAAAGGGUGUCAUUGGAUUUGGUGAAGAUAUUCCUGGAAUGGAAUGGUUAGGAACUGACUUUAACGUGAUCUGUCCGUGGGAGGCAUACAGUCACCUGGAAUUACACGAGCUGGCCCAGUAUGGCAUUAUAUGAGGUCACUUCCUGUUCCCACAUCCCACUGAAUCAGCAACCAGUGAAUGAUCAUGACAACAUCCUGCACCUUAAUACAUCGAUUAAAUAUUCAAAUUAAAAAUAUCUUUAGUAGA